AUGAGGGAAAAUGGAUGGGAAUCUUUGUUGGAUGAUGUUUCCUCAUUUUGUGAUGUGCAUGAUAUCUUGAUUCCCAAGUUGGAUGAGUCUUAUUUUCCCGGAAAGUCAAAACGUAAGUCUUCGGGUGUUAGUUAUGCGCACCACUUGCGUGUUGAAGUCUUUUUUGCUGUCAUUGAUGUGCAACUUCAAGAACUUAAUGACCGUUUUGAUGUAGUGAGUGGUGAUUUGCUUCUUGGGAUGGGUAGCUUGAAUCCGGUCAAUUCUUUCUCUAAUUUUGACAAAGGUAAAAUCAUGACUUUAGCAAAGUGUUAUCCAAGUGAGUUUGAUGAUGGAAAAAUUAGAGAUUUGAGCUAUCAACUCGAUACUUUCAUUAUUCAUAUGCGAAGUGGUAAUCCCAAGUUCUCCAACUUGCAAGGAAUUCAUGAUUUGGCGAAGGCAUUGGUUGAAGCAAAUCUCGCGGAGACUUAUUCACUUGUUUAUUUACUUGUAAAGUUGACUUUGAUUUUACCUGUUGCUACGGCAACUGUGGAGAGAGCAUUUUCGUCAAUUAAGCACAUAAAAAUGAAGUGCGGAAUAGUAUUGGUAAUCAAUAUUUAA